AUGAAUGUUCUUGAUCCUCCCACCCGGCCGCAAGCCGGAGCCUCGUCUUUCGUACUUGACUACUCGACUGACCCAUCGCUAAAGCCAUCAGCAAAUGCAAAGCUGGAUGCACCGCAGCACCAACAAGAGCAACACCAAGAUCUCUGGUCGAGCAUUCUCAAUAGCGUCAAGAGCUCCAAAGCAAUCUCGACAAAGAAUAUUGUUCUUCUCGGCGAGCCAAAAUCCGGCAAGACGUCGCUUCUCUCGGCUCUCGCUUCUACAUCACCCCUCGGUCUUGUCAGCGGCAAAUCUGCUUUUCCUCCGUUCGCUACCAACACGCGCCUUGACGACAAACCGGCAUCCGCGCCAGCACCACCGGCUACCUCAAAGCUCGCAUCAAUGCCUGAUGACCUCGGCCUCUCGUAUGUCUACUUUGACGUUGGCGAUGAGAAGGACCGGGACGAGAUCGUUGCCCGCGUUGGCGCAUACACCCUUCAUUCCUCCGAGCCUGCCUACACGUCUCUGCUUCCGUUUGCGUUUCCUGAACCAAACUCCUCGUACAGCGAACGUGACAACUCUGUCAUCAUGGCAUCUCUCGCCUCGGAAACUCUGUCCACUUCCGCUGCCGCUCCAGUCGACUCGGAUCGCACCUUUUCUACUAAACCAUCUAUUGACUCGCUGAAAGAGUCGAUCGUUGUGAUCUUGCUCGACUGGGAGCAGCCAUGGACGUUUUUAGAGCAUCUUCGUAGCUGGCUCAGCAUCCUUAGCGAGCUAGUAGAUGCUGCCGCUGAUGGUGCGCUAUCAGCACAGCAGCAGCGCGACGUAAAAUGGAGCACUACUCGUGUGGCUCUAGACGAGAUGAAAGAACAGCUCGAGGCAUAUAUCAGAACAUACGCCGAGCCGAUGCAAAAGGCAACGCAGUCGAGUACCGCACUCGGCGUCGAUCAGGCGAAAGGUGCUGCAACUGCAACGCAUGAGGCGUCCACUCCGAGCAGCGCGGAUGCUUUUCCCGCUCCGCUCACCAGCGUCAGCGCGCUGCUCGAUGGCGCGGAUGCAAAUCCGCUGAGCGAGGGAACGCUUACUGAUAACCUUGGCAUCCCUAUCGUGGUGGUAUGUACAAAGGCUGAUGCCAUCGCGCGCCUCGAACGCGACAAAGAUUUCAAGGAAGAGCAGUUCGACUACAUUCAACAGGUGCUUCGAACCAUCUGCAUGAAGUACGGUGCCGCACUAUUCUACACUUCAUCUGUGCGUGCUCAAUCAAUCGACAUCCUGCGAUCGUAUCUCUUGCAUCGUCUUUUCACGCCAUCCAGCAUCGGCUCACAGCAGCAAACCGACAGUGGUAACUCCACUGCGCCAUCAGCACAAACCAGCGCGGCGGCAGGAGGAGUGGCCGUGUUUGGCUUUGGUUACCGUGCCUCGACCACGGAUCGCGACACGCUGCUGGUGCCUGCAGGUUGGGAUAGCUGGGGCAAAAUCAAGGCGCUUCGUGAACCGUUUGAUUGCCGCAGCAUUGCCAAAGGCUGGGACAAGGACUGCGAGGUUGAAAAGCUUCGUCGAAUACGUCGUCUUGAAAAGACGAAACAGGUGGAAGAUGGAUUGGAAAAGGAGCUUCAAGCAGAACGAAAGGGUGACGCGCCGUUGGAUGUUGCUGGCGGAGGAGACGAGGUGCAGUCGGCAAUGAAACUGUACGAGGACAUUGUUUCGGAUUGGGAGGCGGCACCUGUGGGCAAGGACGCAGCUAACAAGGUGCGCAUUCCGGACGAACAGACGUUUCUCGGGCAGCACCAUGCGAGCUUGCAAAAGGACCCUGAUUCGACGUCCAGGUUCAGCAAGCGAGGUGUCGUAGGUCCGAUGACGGGAUCGAGUGCUGGGCUGCCUUCGGUAGAAAAGCUCAUGUCGCGCGAAGCCAAGGUGGACGCGGCCGGGUUGGCGCAGACCGAAGCUGCACCGAGCACGUUGCGUCCACGACUGGAAACGUCCUUGUCCAGCUCGACGUCGAGGAGAGAGUCGACUUCGGCAGCAGCCGCAGCAGCGGUGGCAGCCAUGACGGGUGGCAGUGCAGACAAAAGUAGCCGCCCGACAAGUCCUGCCGUCAAUUCAGGUACCACGUCACCGGGAGCACCAAAACAGUCCGAGGUGCUUCACAGCUUCUUCCAGUCUUUGCUCAAGGAUAAGGCGUCCGGUGUGGGCCCGCCAAAGGUCGACAGGUUGAAUAGGACGUCGUCCACCGCGACGCCUCGGAGGGAGUUACCUCCGAAAUGA